AUGAUGAUGAUGAUGCGCCGUGUGAUGUGUGUGUUGGCCGUUGUGCUGUGCUGCACCUGCGGGUAUACCAUGACGGCUGCUGCUGCUGUUGAUAAUGACAGUCCCAGUGGCCGUGGUGUAUCCCGUGGGGCUGUGGAGGUGUCGUGCGGGGCCGGCGGUGCGCUGCGUGUACGCCCCGCUGCUGCGAGCGAGUGGCUUACAUGCGGAGCGGGCAGCCGUGUGUCUGCAUGUGGGAAGUACGCAGACCUCUGCAGCCAGCGUACCGCAAGAACAACAACAACCAUUGCUACUACUGCUACUGGACAACUGAAGGCAGUGAUGGCGAUUGAAAGUGUUUCUGAUGGUGUUACAGGAAGUAUCUUCACAGAACUCUAUCGUGGUAUGUAUGACAAACCUGGAACUACAUACUUAGAUUCACUUUAG